GUGGCUGAUCGUGUGGGAAGCCUGGUGAAGAGAGCUGGUAUGGAGGAGGCGGUGACCUGCAUCGUGUGUUCAGAGGUGUACCAGAAGGGCCCGAGGGAUCCCCUGGUGCUGCCCUGCGGCCACACCUUCUGCCGCAGCUGCGUCACCAGUGUGGUGAAGACCGGAAACGCCCUUUGUCCAACCUGCAGGUCACAACAUCAAGAUGUUGAGGUGGAAGAUCUCUUGAUUAACUUCUCCCUGCUGAGCCUCUCCUCGACUUUUAAGGAAUUUCUGUGUGAUAUCUGCAGCAAGCACGGGGAUGAGCUGAAGUAUUGGUGUCGGGAGUGUAAGGUGGCCCUGUGUAGCCUAUGUCUCUACACCGACCACCAGAAUGGCCACCACGUCCACCUGGCCAAGGCCUACAUCCAGGAGAGGAAGUCUCAACUCAAGGACCACAUCAAACUUAUAAUAGAUAAGAAUGUUGCCAAAAAGAAAGAGGAAAUAAGAAAUGUUUUCUUCAACAGCUCUCGGAAUAUUAUCACUUUGUGCCAAAAGAGUACUUUUCUGCAUGAUUUCGAGAAGGAUAUGAAGCUUCUUUCAUCGGAAAUUGAAAAAGUUUGCAGUCUCGACUCUCUGUUUGUGUCUGAAGCAAAGGUAAAACAUAUUGAGAUGAAUAAGUUAAACUCUCUAUUAUCUAGAAAUGAAUCUACAGAAGAUUCUGAAGAUGAAUGUGUAGCUUUUGAAGAUGCAGCAGAAGGCAAGACUGAGGCUGAUGAAGCAGCAGAAGGCAAGACUGAGGCUGAUGAAGCAGCAGAAGGCAAGACUGAGGCUGAUGAAGCAGCAGAAGGCAAGACUGAGGCUGAUGAAGCAGCAGAAGGCAAGACUGAGGCUGAUGAAGCAGCAGAAGGCAAGACUGAGGCUGAUGAAGCAGAAGAAGGCGAGACCGAGGAUGAUGAAGCAGCAGAAGGCGAGACCGAGGAUGAUGAAGCAGCAGAAGGCGAGACCGAGGAUGAUGAAGCAGCAGAAGGCGAGACCGAGGAUGAUGAAGCAGCAGAAGGCGAGACCAGACAAUGUUUGAAACUGGAAUGUCGGGAUGGUAGACUCCUAGUUCACUCACUCGCCCAGCGUGUCGACACCCAUCUCUUCGUGCAGAUUACGUCUGAGGUGUUUCUGGAGCUGAGUGUUGGAGGCCGGAGCUUGGGUCGUGUCUAUAUCCAGCUGAAGCCUCGCCUGCGUCACUCACAGCAGUUCAUGCUACUCUGUCUCGGUACUAUGGGGCCUUCCUUUGUAGGCUCCUCAAUAAGUAGUGUGAACCAUAAGAAUGGAUUAAAUGAAAAUAUUGUGGUUAACUCCUAUACUGACAGAAUUACGUCUGGUAAUACAAACUUACUGACGUCUCUGGAUUCCGACUGCGAUAUCAAUACAGUAUGGGAAGGCUCAGUGACUUCUGUGGAUUUGGGAUUAAAUAAAUUCGGAUUUAUGAUCUGGACCAAAGGUCACAAAGUCGAAUACUGUCCUUCACGCGGUUAUAAUUACUAUGAAGUGGAUGCUGUCUGCAAUGACCAUUUUCCUUUUGGCGAGAUAAGUUCAGGGAUGGAAGUGGUCCUGGCUGCCAUAGCUCAUAACCCCAUCACUCAAGUCACUAUAACAGGGUGUGGCCAUGUGGAAAAUAAUUGGUAACCAAUUACCCGUUAAUUGGUUCCACAAAUCAACAACCCUCUUACCGAAAUAAGUAUUAACCUAAGUCUUUCCUAAAUCUAAACUUAUCCAAUUGAUGCCCAUUGUUUCGCUUUCUGUCUCGUGUUGAUACUUUUAAUA